GGCGUUCCGAGGAAUGUCUGAGACGAACGGUCCUCUUCAACCCAACAUUGUGAACCCGGAUCCGGCCCAAUCCCUUCAUAAUGGUCCUCAAGGUCUUCGAACAACCACAAUCACCAGUGACGAUGGAGCAGGAGCUGGAUGUUCUCAUCCUCGGCGCAGGCUGGACCGCCACAUUCCUGAUCCCGCUCCUCGGCGAGCGCAACAUGACCUUCGCAGCAACCACCAGCGACGGGCGUCACGUCGCAGGCAGCCAGACCCUGAAAUGGCGCUUCGACCCCACCGCACCGGACCCGGAGCAGACCAAGGCCUUCAGCCUGCUCCCGCGCGCGCGCCACGUCCUCAUCACCUUCCCCCUCAAGGGCAAGGGCCAGAGCGCGGUCCUGACGAGCGCGUACAAGCAGACGCACGGUGGGGACGGGGCCGGGACCGGGACGUUCCGCUUCAUCCAGCUCGGCAGCACGGGGAUCUGGCAGCAGGACCCGGAACAGGCGCCAUGGCUGGACAGGCGCAGCCCUUACAAGGCCGACGACCAGCGCGCCGUGGCCGAGGACGAGCUGCUCGGGCUCGGGGGCUGCGUGCUCAACCUUGCGGGCCUGUGGGGCGGCGAGAGGGACAUGCGGAACUGGGUCGACCGGGUGGCCACGACCAAGGAGGCUGUGAAGGGCAAGACGAGCCUGCACAUGGUGCACGGUGUGGAUGUUGCACGUGUCAUUGCUGGUGUGAUCCAGGCAGGACGGGGAGGCAAGGACUCGGACAGUAGUAGCAGUGGGUGGGACAGCGUGGGACGGGGGCAGAGGUGGAUGGUGACAGAUGGGUUUGUCUACGACUGGUGGAGCCUGUUCGCCUCAUGGUCGAGCAUUGGUGAGGACGGCUCAAAGCCCACCAAGCAGGCGAAAUGGGUGUACGAGCUGAUGCAAGAGGGCGGCGUGCGGGCUCUGCCGCGGUCCAUGGAGGCUCUGGGCCGCUGCUACGACACGAGAGAGUUGUGGCAGACGCUGAGUAUUACGCCCUUGAAGGCUGGACUGGGCUUGUGAGUUCCGGGAUGCUUCGAUGGGAUGUCACCGUUCGAUAUUGUCUUCACGGAACGAGGUCAUUACCCUCCAGACUACAAUGGUCGCCUGGUAGCCAUGUGCCUCCACCAAGAAAGUCACCGGAUCAUUUACAUGUAAUGAAUAUGCUCGAGGUCGCCUCCCAUGA